UCAACCAGACUCUCAUGCAAGCUGCAACAGCGGCGCCCAUCCCAUCCAUUACUUAUUUAUGUAUUUUCACUCCAGAGAGGACAUCUUGAGACAAGGCCCAAGGACAAUGGACUGGAAGACUCAAUAAUGGUGUGAUAUCAUCAGCAACUUUUCUCUGGUUACAGACUGUGGUUGAAGGCUCAGCGGAACUCACAUGUGGAUUUCCUCUACAGACACUUGACACACAACGUCUGACACGUACGCCAAUAGUUUCUGAACUCAGGAGAUAUAUCCAACUUACUUAUCAAGCAGGAAGUAGAAGGAACAGGACCAAGAACCAAGACAGGUCAUGAACAAAGGUGUAAUAUCUUCUUCUCCACACCCUAUUCCCCAGGAAGUGAUGAUGUCACAGAGUAUGGGUCACGGUGGGUCAGGGGUUCGGAUGAGAGGGCUGUAUGUUCUGCUGUGUGUGGUACUGGCUCUACCAGGCUGCAGAGCCUUCCUCCCAAACUUCUGGUCCCGUGUGUUAACCCUGUCCUUGGACUCCUACACACACCAGUUCAUCACCGAGCAGGGUGUCCUCAACGUCACUCUGGAGACACUGAGCAUGGCCAACACACACCAGCACCGACACACACAGGAGCAGGCAGGUCUGGGUCGGGGUUUCUGGCAUGCAGUGGGGGAGGUGGUGCGUUCCAAUGCGGCCAUGGACUUCCUGAGCUCCACACGGUCCGACCCAGUCUACCACUUUGACUCGGAGCGCGUGGAGGAAGCUAUGGCGAUGCUACGGCAGUUCUGGGCCCAAACCCUGCUCUCUGCACAGGCCAAAGAGUACCAGGGGGCAAGACACAGUCUGGGACAGCUGCUACACUCACUGCAGGAUUUCUACAGCCAUAGUAACUGGGUGGAGAUGGGUCAGCACUCGAUAUACCUCCACCUGCUGCAGCCUGGGCAGCCAGCCUUCCCUGUAGCCACAGAGGACACUCCUACCUGUAUGGAGUGUCACAGCGCUACCUGCAGAGACAACCUCCUUCCCAGACUGACCCAGAGUCAGCAGUACCCUCUACUGCUCACCACCGGGUACUUCAGCACCUACCCACCCAAACCACAAGGGAAGUGUAGUCACGGGGGUGUACUGGACAGCAGUCGCCACCAGGGGGCCAAGGGGGGCAUCAAUAAGGACAGCACCUCCCCCCUCUUCUCCCCCCAUCACUACCUCCAUGUGGAGGCUGCCCGCCUCGCUACCACGGCAACCCUUACUGUGCUCAGAGACCUCCGAGACAGUGUGGGCUAUACCAGCUUCCUCAGACUGUUCAGUGUGAAGCAGCCUCCAGCGCUGGUGUUUGUCAUGGACACCACAGGCAGCAUGUUUGAGGAGAUCACCGCUGCCCGCCUCCGUGCCCACUCCAUCAUCCAGGCCCGCGCCAACACUCCUGAGCAGCCUGGCACUUUCCUGCUGGUGCCCUUCCACGACCCAGGGGUGGGGCCGGUGUAUGAGACAGAGAACCCGGAGGAGUUCAUGAGCUACAUGGAGAACCUGAUGGCUCUGGGUGGAGGAGACGAACCUGAGAUGUGUCUUUCUGCUGUACAGCUGGCCCUCACUCAUAGCCCGCCCCUGUCAGAGAUAUUUGUGUUCACUGAUGCCUCCCCUAAAGAUGCCCACCUGUACAAUACUGUGAGGGCCCUUACACUGGAGAAACAAUGCAAGGUGACCUUCCUCCUGACUGAAGACCCCAGUCACAAGAUGAAGGGCAGGGGGAGGAAGAGGAGGAGGGAGACUCUGUCCCCUGACCGUUUCGCCCUCUACUCCUCCCUGUCCUCUGUGUCUGGGGGACUGACUGUCUUCACCACCAACUCAGACAUCCACCGUGUCUCUGCCAUAGUGGAGGACAACACAGCUGCAGAUAAGGUGACUUUGCUACAUGCAGAGAGUGACAGUGACUCUGCGUUAUCCCACUCCUUCAGAGUGGACAGUGCAGUGAAGAGCGUGACCCUUCACCUCACUGGAGAACUCAGACAAUGUGUCCUCAGCAGCCCAACUGAUCGUACUCAGUCUCUGUUGAGUCAGCAGGGUCCUCUGGCAGAGUGGGAGCGGUUUCAGGGUCUGUACAGGAUCAGCCUGCUGUCUCCUAUAGAGCCAGGCCAGUGGCACCUCAACACCCUUGCUGAUGGUCACAUCACCUUUAAUGCCAUAGCUGACAGCAGUGUGGACUUCCUGUAUUACUUUGCUGUGGAGGCCAAUGGAACGCAUCCAGGCCUAGCUAGAGUGGAAGGGAGUCCAAUCGCAGGUGUCCCAACCUUUCUAGUGCUGGCUGUCACAGGUCUAUCGCCCAAUGAGGAGGUCUCUUUCAGUCACGUGACCCUGCUGGGAGCCAAUGGGGAGAGCCUACAGAAAGUGUGGCUAAACUCGUCCUCUUCCUCUUCGUCCUCUGGAGAGGAGCUGGUUGGCUGGAUGGCCUCUGUUCCCAGGGUGCCGUUCUGUGUCCGUCUAUCCGGCAGAGACAGGGGAGGGAACCGCCUGGAACGCGUCUCUACAGAGAUGAUCCAGCCCACAGACAUUAAGAUACAGGUCCUGUCUAUCCCACGUCUGGUUCCUGGCCACAGUACAACAGUACGUUUUGAUGUUCAGAACCACGCCCCUGCCCGAAACCUCACCCUGACCGCUGACGAUGACAGGGGAUAUCUCUCUCAGAGAGGACCACACAGCCUCUCUGUGGGGGAGAGAGGGUCAGUGAGGGGGGAGGUGGAGCUCCAAACUCCAGAGGGGGCAGAGGCAGGAAGGGCUGUCACUCUGACCCUGACAGUGCGAGGGCUGGACUCCCUGGACUCCAACUACGUAGUGGUGCACCUGACUGUGGUUCCUCCGGAUCCUGACAUGUCUCCCCCGUCAUGUUCCACCAUGCGAGUAGAGCACACCUGCCCAGGCCCAACUCAGUGCACAGGAGCCAGAUGGACUGUCUCUCUGGCUGUGACAGACAGGGGGUGCUCUGGCCUGGAUUCCCUCCAGCUCUCCCAGGGUCAGGGCAUUCUCACCCUGCUCCACGGCCCCACAGACCCCACAGGGGACAGCCUGGAGGAGAACCAGCCCACCCCCAACCACAACUACCAGAGCCAGAGAGUCAGGGAGCAGACAAGCCCAGCACAGGGUGAGAAUGGCUAUGCUGAACUGGGACCCAGGCUGGUACAAGGUAACCCUCCUCUGAACGUGGCCCAGUGGACAGGUGGAAUGCCCCAGCCUCUGUGGGUGAGGUACACUUCCCCCUGCUGCUCCCCCCAGGCGGAGCUCCUGGUGUGGGACGGGGCCGGCAAUGUGAGGCGCUGCCAUCUGACCUCCAGCCAGCAGAGGGGUAUGCGGGAGAGGAGUGGAGUGUCAAACAGGGCUGGAGAGAUGCCGCUGCAAAGUUGCUUCCUGUUGUUUUCAUUGUUGAGUUUGAUUUGGACUGUUCUACUGUAGGUUGAUGUGGGAUAAUUUAUCCAUGUCAAAUAAGCUUAAAGAUGUUCUGUAACCAAAAGGCUCCUGUUUUUAUGGGCCACUAGAAGCACACUUUAGACUUCAGUUCCUCACUUGAAAAUAUACUGUAACUGGACACCCUACACUGGAAAGCGGACAAUGAUGAAUUAAGUUGUGGUUUUGAAAUAGUAUUUUAUUGACAUUGUGUCAUACAAA